AGAUUUUUUAAAAAUACAAUGUCUAAUGGUUAUGAAGACCACAUGGCUGAAGACUGCAGAGAUGACAUUGGGAGAACGAAUUUAAUUGUCAACUACCUCCCUCAGAACAUGACCCAGGAUGAGUUACGAAGUCUGUUCAGCAGUAUUGGUGAAGUUGAAUCUGCAAAACUUAUUCGGGAUAAAGUAGCAGGACACAGCUUGGGCUACGGCUUUGUGAACUACGUGACUGCAAAGGAUGCGGAGAGAGCAAUCAACACACUGAAUGGCCUGAGGCUCCAGUCAAAAACCAUUAAGGUAUCGUACGCUCGCCCGAGCUCAGAGGUCAUCAAAGAUGCCAACUUGUACAUCAGCGGACUCCCAAGGACCAUGACCCAGAAGGAUGUGGAGGACAUGUUCUCUCGGUUUGGACGAAUCAUCAACUCCCGGGUCCUUGUGGAUCAGACCACAGGUUUGUCCAGAGGGGUUGCGUUUAUCCGGUUUGACAAACGGUCGGAAGCGGAAGAGGCAAUUACCAGUUUCAAUGGUCAUAAACCCCCAGGUUCCUCCGAGCCCAUUACAGUGAAGUUUGCUGCCAACCCCAACCAGAAUAAAAACGUGGCACUCCUCUCCCAGCUCUACCACUCGCCUGCUAGACGGUUCGGAGGCCCCGUUCACCACCAGGCGCAGAGGUUCAGGUUCUCCCCUAUGGGUGUAGAUCACAUGAGUGGGCUUUCUGGUGUCAAUGUCCCCGGAAACCCAUCUUCCGGCUGGUGCAUCUUCAUCUACAACCUUGGGCAAGACGCCGACGAGGGGAUCCUCUGGCAGAUGUUUGGCCCCUUUGGCGCAGUCACCAAUGUGAAAGUGAUUCGCGAUUUCAACACCAACAAGUGCAAAGGGUUUGGUUUUGUGACCAUGACAAACUAUGAAGAAGCUGCAAUGGCCAUAGCAAGUCUGAAUGGCUACCGCCUGGGGGACAAAAUCUUACAGGUUUCCUUCAAAACCAACAAGUCCCACAAAUAACUCGCUCAUGCUUUUUUUGUACGGAAUAGAUAAUUAAGAGUGAAGAAGUUGAAACUUUUUUGUUAGUGUACAACUCAUUUUGCGCCAAUUUUCACAAGUGUUUGUCUUAGUCUAAUGAGAAGUGAAAAGGUUUUUAUACUCUGGGAUGCAACCGACAUGUUCAAAUGUUUGAAAUCCCACAAUGUUAGACCAAUUUAAGUUUCUUAAGUUAUUUCCUUUAAAAUAUAUAUUAAACAGAAACCUAAGUAGACCGCAUUGACUAACCAGUCCCUCUGGAUGGUGGUGAAACUGAAGCAUGCUUUAACUUCUAAGACUGUCUAACACUUGUUUCAUUCAGUGUCUCCACAAACUGGAUAAAAAAACAAAAAAGACCUUUUAGUUUUAGUUUUUAAUCUAAAGACGUUAGACAGAUGCUGAGUGUGCGUUUUCUCAACCGCUUCAACAUUUUAAGCGAUGUAUGCUUUGGUUGACAGGAAAUUGCCUUCCCCAGCAGGUCCUGCUCCCUCAGUCCCAGGCUCUGCCGAGGGGUCCUGGGAGUGGCAGUGGGCCCAUCCCACAUGGGCCACCACCAGGGAGGGGGGUCGCACGCGAGGCUGGGCCCUCCAGAGAAGAACACAAAUGUGUUUCGUGAGCCCAGGCACCAAUGGGAACGGACCAAAGAGUUUCAGGGAAACUCCAGUAUAUUCCAGAAUCAGAUCUAAGCUCCAGGCAUGCCUGAAGAUGUGUCGCUACUAUGACAUCCCCAGUUUCUGUCCCCACAAUGCAUGCCCAGUGCCCACACAUCAGAUACUGUUGUUCACAAUAAUUUCUCCACAAGCAUUUAACAUAGCUUGAAUGCAUACGAUAGCUCUAUUUUUUAAUAACACAUAAACAUUUGAGCAUUGUGUUUCUCGCAUCCCUUUUCUUGUGAGCGCUAGACUUUUUUCUAUUUUAGUCGGAUUUUGUUUCGGAAUUUUGCUUUCGUAUGAACACUCAGCAGAAAAGUACUUCUUGCCAGUUAUCUAUUAACAAAAACCUUUGAUUUGUAGUUUUAAAGAUUAACCCUCAAAGUUCUCUUCAUAACUGCCUUGACAUUUUGGGUUGUUCUGUUCUGUUAAUUUUCUUUUGCUUUUUUGUGUUUUUUGUUUGUUUUUACUUUUGCAUUUAAGACCAUUAAAUUUGAUUUUGUUUUGCUCGAAUUUUGUUUUGUUUUUUAUUUUACCUUUUCUUUCUUUUUGGCUAGGUAAGGUACAGAUGGCCCAGCAUUCAGGGAGGAUUCAUAAAAUCUUAAGAAACAAAUACUUGCCUCAAGAAAAAGCAUUUCUGAAUCCAUGACAUAGGAAUGUGCAGUCACAAAUUGUAGGUUUUAAAACCGGAAAGUGGUAGGAAAAGUCAGAGAGAAGGCCUGCAAAGUAGGACCAGAUCUCCCUCAGAUCUUCAGGAAUGUGAUCUGAUUUUUAUAAAAUAACUAGUGUACAGAGAGAAUCAAAAAGACAACUUAGUGCCAGCAGUUUUUAACCUUGACAUGAGACUAAAACAUGUAACGACAGUUUUUUAGAUACUGCUAUCAUGGGUUGAUGGCAUUAUUUAUCUAUUUAUUUAUCUAUUUAUUUAUUUAAGUGGGAAAUUGGGCGAUAGGCACAGCUCCAGAGCAUGUCAGUGUUUCAAGAAGCCCUUGGACAACUUGAGGCUGCCUGUUCCCACCCCCUUUCCCUGAUUCUUCACUGAGGGGCUGUUGCAGAGUCCUCUCAAAUGGCACAUGUUGCCAUUUGUACGCAGGCCUUAUGUCAUAAAAAUCGGCCAAGUGCCACAGAGGACCUCCUUCCCCCUGUAGAAGUUCCAGGUCCUCAGUAAAAGCCAGCUUGUGGGGCCUCCUUCUGGAACCCAGAACUGGUGCCCAUUUGCCUGGAUUCGACACAAAGUGGGUCCCUGCUCUGUCGCCUCAGAGCAUUCCUUACCCUGGGACCAGAAUGUUUUCUUGGAAAAAAUACGCCUUUCAGGUUCAUCAGGCCAACAUCUUCUGAGUGAAGGUGAGAUUCCCACACCUGAAACUUACCCUUAAGUGUGCUCAGCUCCACACAUUCCUGCAGCCUUAGCCAGAGUGUUCCAUCUCUGCAGAGAGUUCUGGCUUCAGCUUAAACUGUGAAAAUGACGGGCUUGUAGCCAGCACCUCAGCUUCCUCCCCACUCCCUUUUAUCUGAACCAUACUGAUUAUUCUGAUGCUGGGACAGAUGGGAAGGAAAUGUGAACUGGAUGAACAUUUGAAAGUUACCUGAAGUUUCUCAGUAAAAUUCUCAUUUUAUGUGAUCGCCCCUGUUUGGACAGUCUCCUAACUAAAAAUUCCAAUGCAUUUCUUUGGGAGUUUUAAUUUGCAAGUGUGUGGAGGGAUUUAGCUUUUGAAACAUCAUUCCUGAAAAGCAAUUUUCUCUCCCAUUGAGGUACUAGAUGCUAGCCCUGUGCUGUAAAAAUUCAUUACAUCUUAGCAAGACUUGUUUGCAAAAGGGAAAAGGGAGAUCCCUUUUUUAAAAUUCACAACCCAAAGGAAGCCAUUUCUUUAAAAUCUUUACGUAGAUUAAUCAUAUUUGUGUUUAGCAAAAUGAGUGCUCUCUUUUAUUUGGGAAUUUUGAUGAAAAAGAAUUGAGUAGAUAAUGUUAGUUUAUCAAAAAAUUGGUAAAUACCAAAGAGGCUUUGGUUGAAUUCUCUUUUGACCUAUGUAAUGUCCCCAGGUAGUUAGACCCUAAGCAGCUCCCAAUUUGUGAACCUGAUUCUAGUUGAAUUAUCCAUUCCCCCUCACAUCCCCCAGGCUCUGUCUGCCCUUAUUCAGCUUUUCAAUGUCAUAUGCCAUGCUGUGGUUUUCUGUGCUGGCUGUGCCUCUAGUCACAAUCCUGUGACUGUGAUUCCCUCCUGGGGUGCUUAGUCCCCUCCACAGCCACCAUCUUACAUGAAUAACUGAAGGCUGGGCUUCCUCCGGGCCCGUACGCAGGUGCUGUUGGGUGGGUUCUGCCUUCUGCUGGAAGGUGAGUCUUUUCCUCGCCAAGGGCAGCUGCCUUAACCUUCGAGAGUCUGUAGUUGGUGUUAGUACUGGAACCCUACAUCCAGGAACUGAACCGUGCUGCUAUAGGGAGCCCAGGCCGGCCCUUUGGAGCUGGUAGUCAAGGGGUCCCUGCCGGAUCAGAGAAGUAGACGAACCCACAAUUAGUGGCAAUUACCCCUGGUGUGCCUCCAGAUGAGGGCAUUUGUCAACAAGGGGUUGAAAAGACAUGGCUUACCCCAGUCCAGUGUCGGACUUGAAAAUCAAAAUUGACAGCACUCAGCUGUUGCAUUUCACAUCUGAUUCAGCCUGGUUUUAUUCCUGCAUGCUUUCUGCAGCCUUCCUGUGUUGGAUGAAAGAGUAAGAGUAAGCUGACAUGUCCCUCCCGUCAGUCCCCAGAACCUACCUCGUCUGCUGGGACUUGAGGCAGCUCCUUAGAAGAGACCCCCGGGGUUCAUCAGACUCCUGGGGGUCCUGUUCCCAAACUUCCCAAGACAGCCCUGAAGUCACAAGUGCUUUCUGUUGAGUGGCAUCGAUACUUGACACGUUCUUACGAGAGCCGUAGAAUCUGAUUCUCAAUCCCAGACAGGCUUCACAUUUCCAAAAGUUCUGAUUUUCCCCUGACCUCUGAUGAUCAUGUCCUGUUUUUCCACAACCUUUCAGUGAAAUAGUUCAGCUUUUUCUCAGUCAUUAAAAAAAAACUUCGUUUUUUACUUGUAAGUCACCUCUAGUACCUAAGUUAGGCUAACGGAGACUUUGAGAGGACUGUGUUUUCUUUCCACCAGUAAAGAAGGCUUUUCCAUGGAUUGGGGCCACCUCUUUUACCAUGUGAUGUUCCGUUUACAGUGACUUGCUUUGGGGGAGGGGGAGGCUUUAUCAACUGAUUCCCGUGUUGUACAGUAGAUGGUUAGACAUUUUGUAUAUUAGUGUGUUUUAAGUUAUUGAUUUGUUUUAUAUAAAAUAAUUUAUUUUUCAGGUACCAUUUUUCAUUUUAACUUUGUUUUUACAUGGGUUUGUUUUCAAUAAAGUCUGACACUGCUGUCCAAAAGUCAACAAUAAAAUGAAUCCCAUUGUGUUCUUUUGAGGAUACUUAUGUAACUAGUUUUUAAAUUAUUUUCAGGGAAGAAGAAAAAAGCCCUUAUCAAUUUUCCAUCUCCCCAUUGCCUUUUUUAUUUUUUUUUAAUCCUUGUGAAAUAAUUGUUCUUUAGUGUUUUAGGAGGAAAAAGCAAACCUAGAUUUUGAUAAUCCAGAAGAUUUCAGAUUAAUAAAGAAGCUUUGAAAGAAGAGCAUUUUUCAAAAUUUUAGUGAAGUGUGAAUAUUUUUUGUCAAUGGCUUUCUCAAAGAGAAUGAAACUUUUGCACCAUUUUCAGAGUUUUUAUAGAGAUGCCAAAUUGAUAUAUUUACAUGUAAUGGAAACAUGAAAAAGUUUUAUUAAACAAUUGUUCAUAGCUGUGUAGACAUUUUAAUUCAGUUUCCAAAGCUCUCAAAAGCGUAUUUUUGAAGUACGGAGUGAUACAGUUUGGGGUGUUACUUAUGAUUCCAAACGACUCAAUUGUCUGAAUACUUAGUUCUUUUCACAGGUAUCAGGUUUGUGUUAAACACUGUAUGUUAACUAUGACUGCAAUUCUGUGAUAUUUUGGUAAUAAAUGAAGUGGGAUCGUUGAGA